AUGCCAUUACUUCACUUUGAAGACCAAACAACCCCCCUCCAUCCCAACAGGACCCAGAUCACCACAUCUUUUGCUUUGUUUGCCCAGAAACAAACUUUCUUUUCCUUUUCCUUUUCCUCUCUUCCCAUUGUUGAAACCUAAACCCAACCAUUUUCACAUAACAAUCUUCGUCUUCGUCUUUGUAUCGUCGAUGUUAGACGAUCUCGGCAGUGGACAUUUUUAGCGAUUUGUUUCUGUCCAAGACGACGUCAUGGGAAACUGUGUUCUUGUUCGUAGAGACCAGAAAUCUGAUUCUAAAUUCAAAUGGUCGGUCGGUCCUAGGACUAUCGUCAAUGUUAAUGUUUCGAGUACUGAACCCGGCAACAAACCCGACGUUUGGGUCGAAAAGGAGAUCAUAGGAAGGCUUUGCUCUAGCCCCCCUCCUCUCUCUUCACAUCUACCACCCUCUUCUCCACCAUUCGGUAAAGGCGACGAAAUAUUUUUUGAUUCACAAGCUUGGUUGGAUUCUGACAACGAUGAUUACUUUAGUGUUAAUGGAGAUAAUACACCGUCAUGCGGCAGUACUCCAAUAUGGCGUCCUAACACCAUUGAAGCACCACCGACCGAUCCAUCAUCGCCGAAACAAACAAAGAAACUGCUAUUUGAGCUGUUUCAAGAAAGUUUUAAUAGAGAUCAUGGAAGAUCGAUUACAAGCACAACAAUUAGUAACCGUCACAAUAACAUUGAGGUCGUAAUUAUGGAGACUAACAAUAAGAAGCCAAUUUCCAAAUCGGUGAAAGGAAACUCGGCACAGUCGAAACCAUGGUGCAUUCCGGUUCCAAAGUUGGCACGGAGCCUCAGCCUCGGCGAGAAAAAGAAGAGGCUGCUCAGCCCUUGUCGCGGUGGUGGUCAAGUACACCAUUGAGCCCAUUAUGCUUCCAAUGUGUGAAUUCGUAUGUAAAUUUCUAAAUUGUGAAUGUUUCUUAACAUUAAAUAUUUGCUUCAAUAAUAUUUAUGUCUAUCCUUCUUGAUUUCUUCU